AUGAGGAAUAGAGGACAUGAAGUUAAAAGGCAAGAUGUUGGCUCUCAGCUGGGGUCUAGUGCAGCCUGGGACUGGCGUGCCUGGUGUGCUACCUGGCUGAGGAGAUUUGGGUUUAGUAACUCUUCCUGCGCAACAGAUAUUGUGCAGUUUAGCGGAAAAAUCCAGGGAAGGGGUCAUCGCCAGCAACAUGAUCGAGCAGCCAUGCAGGGCCAUGCAGCCCGGCCACCUGAGCCCUCGGAGAGCGGCCACCGGGCAGGAGCCAUCGAGGAUAGGAAGCAGUCGACUCAGAGUUGGGCACAGGCCUGGGCUUACGGCGGGGACCGAGAUGUUGGAUCAGUCGAGCUGAACCAGUUGGAUCGUUGGAGGGGGCAGGGCCAAAAAACAGAAGACAGUCCGGGAUCAGCUUCCUGUCAACUUUCUGGGGAAGCCGCAAAAAACAGCAGACCCUAUAGUGCCCAGGAUGUCUUUUUACGAAACCUAAGGAAGCAGUGUGGUCUGGGUAAAACGGCUGUGGUCAGAGCAAUGGAGCAGCUGGCCCAGGAGGGAAAGAUUAAAGAGAAAGUCUAUGGAAAGCAGAAGAUCUACUUCUUGCGGAUCAGUUUCCAUGAUGCGGGAGUGAUGCUGAACUUAAGGAGAUGGGAUGCUCGCGUUGCAGAACUCGGUGUUGAAGUACAGAGCAUCUCACAGAGCUGCAGGCAGCUGGAUACAGAACUGAAGGAGCUCAAAUGCUCAAUAACCACAGCAGAGAUGAAGGCACAGACUGAGCUGCAAGCAGAGUGCUCUGGGUACAGAGACAGGCUGAUAAGAUCAGUCGCUACAAACCAUGUGACCCCUUAGGAGAAACAGAAGGUUUGCUGUGAGAGAGAGACUUAUGUGAAGGAGGAGGAAGAGGAAGAGAAAUGGUAACCUGAUAUGGUUGGAGCUAUUUUGGAGGGUUACCUAAAGAGCAAGAAACAGUUUCUGGAGGAGGCUGGGAUUGAAACAGAUGAGGACCAUAAAGUGACAAUGCCCAACAUCUAA